GCUCUCUUCAAUCGCCCGAGAAGAGUUAGUUCCCUUUCCUAAGUCUGAAACAAGGAUUAUAGUUUUUCAAACCCGCUGACACAUGUUUCUGUUCGAGUCAGUAUAAAAGUUUUCUGGACUUCUUUCCCACACUUUAACCCAUUCCAUCUUGUGUCUAGCAUUAGGACAUUGCGGUGUGAGAUAUUAAUUAAAUUUCUGUAUUAAACGCUCCGGACAGCAGUCAAAUUUUUAAAAAAACUAUAAUUGGUCACUAUGUAUUUCUCUUCAAGUAAUUCCUCUACCGACAGUGUCAAGCCCAGUGAUUUAGAAAACCCAAAGUUUAUCUUUCCCGAAAACUUCAAGCCAAAUGAGCUGGAAAACCCAGCGUUUGCCUCUAAUGACAACUGCAAGCCAAGUGAGCUAGAAAACCCAAUGUUCGCCAUCUCUGGCAACACUGAGAUCACUUUAUCAACACAAGACAUUAGCAUGAUUAUAAGUCGACGCCUCAACUCAAUGGACUCGUGUAGAAGCUGCCAGGUGGGGACAGCAGUCAUUGAUGAAAUUGAUCAUUCCAGGGAAAACAAGAAGAAACGAAGCUUUUGGAAGAAGAAGAGAUGGAUUCUGAUGACUAUCAUGUUCGCUGUCACCACAAUAGUUGUUUUGUCUUUCGCCGCCUACAGAGAAAUCCACAAGAAACAGUUCCACAAGAACAAUAUUCUCAAUCGAUAUGGCUACAUGUUUAGAGAAGUGAACGGUAUGGCCUCCACAGAGCUGUUGAUUUCCGACGAGAGGAUUCCAGCAGAAGAGAUUGAACUGGACACGAACGAGACGUGCACUGUCACGUGCCACCCUAAGAAAAAGUUUCUAUCAAUUCUGGGACUAGACGAGAAUUUCAAACCAAAUUCUGAACAGGACGAGCCCCGGACGGGGAAGAACCUAGAGAAAGGCAGAAAAUACUAUAAACAUGGUUGCUGUAUAUCAUUCCAAAAACAAAUCGCACCCGAUCGUCUGCCAAAUCAAUCGAAUCAGAUGCGACGAUUGGUUCAAUUUAAGGAGCAGAAGCAGUUAUUACUCCAAGACGAAUGCAGGCAUAUAGCAGGGUGUAACAGAGGUUGCAAAUGUAUGCAGCAAAACAUCAUAGUUGUCGCCCUUGUAGUUGACGAUGACGUCAACGCCAGUGAGCCUCCAUCAGUGGAGGACUCCCUUACCUUCGCAAAUGCCAGACUUGAAAACGUUGUCUAUGCCGGUUGGUGUAAAUGUUUCAACCAGUGAGAGCCAACCACUUUAGGAAUCGGUCACUAUUUUUUUUUGUCUUGAGAGAAAGUUCCAGACUUUUUCUCUGAAGACCUUCGUACGAAGACCUCUGUUUUGUCUGAUGUGUUCGUUUGAAAUCAUCGUAUGAAGUUCGUUGUUCUUCAGUAGAAGUCAUUGAGGUUCACAACAUCUGAUGUUUAAGCGCUGACUUGGAGACACCAUUGAAUCUUUGUCCACAAUUUUUUUUCUGGUUUACUGAGCAGAAUAGGAAUAGCUUUAUUGACAGUGGAACAUUGAAAUCAAUGCAAGAAAAAGUUGGCAAUGAAAGUUUGGCCACACUUGUUGCAGAAGUCUUGUUAGACAAAUAAUUGUACGUGAAUCUCUGUUGCCAACUGUGGCAAUUUUUCGCAUCGCUAUAAUGUUGUUUUAUUAAAUAGAUGUUGGAAUAAGCACAUUGUGAUAUACCCAAAAUGUUUCAAGAUGAGCUUAGAGGCUUUAGAACUUUGAGGCGUCUUUGACACUAUGAAUUUGAUAACAUAUCUGUCCAAAUGUGGCUGAAUGGUAACAGCCACAGGAUUUUGCUGAACUAUGUGAUUACAUUUCAAUGCGAUCAUUACAAUUGUGUUGUAAUAUCUACAAGUAUGUAAUGUGCAUUUGUUAUUUAUUUCUAGUGGCCUUUCGCAUUAUUAUUAUUAUUUUAAGCGUGUUUCAAAUUCUUGCGCUGCCAGAGUCGAGCUUCCGUUAGAGAAAAAAAAAUUGUAUCAUUAUUAUUAUUAUUAUUAUUAUUAUUAUUAUUAUUAUAAAAGAGCGAGUAUUCAUUCUCUGGCGAAGCCAGGGUCAAGUUUCGUUAAAGAGAAACAAAAAUUUACUGUAGUCCCUUUAUCAGUUUCCACUGAGGAAUUUUCUGGUGAUGUGGCAGGUCUGUAGCAGUACUGCCCUCUGACAGGCAACGAGAAUGUUCCUAGGAAUGUUAAGGGCCUUGAGGUAUCUAUGAGGUCAGUUGUUAUUAUUCCCUCGGUUAAUAUAACAAUGGGGUAUAUUGUUGUUUUAGAUAACUUCCAUUAACGCUUAAUCUCCAAGCCUAGGUUCCAAUAUUUUCGUUGUUUUUCCAUUUCAGUUUUUCUUAAUUUAUGAGACAGUGUUAAGGCGAUGUCAAUAAUGGUAGCGGUUUUUUCUUCUUCUUCUUCUUAUUGUUAUUAUAAUUGUUAUUAUUUAAAACGUGUUUCUAAUUCUCUGAUUAAUUGAUGAGCAUUGUUGAUUAAUUGAUGGGCAUUGUUGAUUAAUUGGUGGGCAUUGCUGAUUAAUUGGUGGGCAUUGUUGAUUAAUUGGUGGGCAUUGUUGAUUCAUUGGUGGGCAUUGUUGAUUCAUUAGUGGGCAUUGUUGAUUAAUUGGUGGGCAUUGUUGAUUAAUUGGUGGGCAUUGUUGAUUAAUUGGUGGGCAUUAUUUUAUUCUUUUUUUUUCACUCAUUUAACGUUAUGCCAUCUUUGUUCAACAGUGUCAAUGAUAAUCGCCUAUUUAUCUAGUUUGUCAAUGAUAAUCGUCUAUUUAUCUAGUUUGUCAAUGGUAAUCGCCUAUUUAUCUAGUUUGUCAAUGAUAAUCGCCUAUUUAUCUAGUUUGUCAAUGAUAAUCGCCUAUUUAUCUAGUUUGUCAAUGAUAAUCACCUAUUUAUCUGGUUUGUCAAUGAUAAUCGUCUAUUUAUCUAGUUUGUCAAUGAUAAUCGUCUAUUUAUCUAGUUUGUCAAUGGUAAUCGUCUAUUUAUCUAGUUUGUCAAUGAUAAUCGCCUAUUUAUCUAGUUUGUCAAUGAUAAUCGUCUAUUUAUCUAGUUUGUCAAUGGUAAUCGCCUAUUUAUCUAGUUUGUCAAUGGUAAUCGCCUAUUUAUCUAGUUUGUCAAUGAUAAUCGCCUAUUUAUCUAGUUUGUCAAUGGUAAUUGCCUAUUUAUCUAGUUUGUCAAUGGUAAUCGCCUAUUUAUCUAGUUUGUCAAUGGUAAUCGCCUAUUUAUCUAGUUUGUCAAUGAUAAUCGUCUAUUUAUCUAGUUUGUCAAUGAUAAUUGCCUAUUUAUCUAGUUUGUCAAUGGUAAUCGCCUAUUUAUCUAGUUUGUCAAUGGUAAUAGCCUAUUUAUCUAGUUUGUCAAUGAUAAUCGCCUAUUUAUCUAGUUUGUCAAUGGUAAUCGCCUAUUUAUCUAGUUUGUCAAUGGUAAUCGCCUAUUUAUCUAGUUUGUCAAUGAUAAUCGCCUAUUUAUCUAGUUUGUCAAUGGUAAUCGCCUAUUUAUCUAGUUUGUCAAUGGUAAUCGCCUAUUUAUCUAGUUUGUCAAUGAUAAUCGCCUAUUUAUCUAGUUUGUCAAUGAUAAUUGCCUAUUUAUCUAGUUUGUCAAUGGUAAUCGCCUAUUUAUCUAGUUUGUCAAUGAUAAUCGCCUAUUUAUCUAGUUUGUCGAUGAUAAUCGCCUAUUUAUCUAGUUUGUCAAUGAUAAUCGCCUAUUUAUCUAGUUUGUCAACGAACAGUAAAAGUAAGUUUUCCCUGUCAGAUCUUGCGAUCUAUGGGGCUGAUGAACAGAUGGCCAACGGUUAACAAGCAGGGUAUUAUGUGACCAGCACAAGGACCAACCGCCUUUACUUUCCCCCAGCUUAAGUCAGGUACCCAAUAGAAGUUUGGUGGACUCAGGUGUGCCCUAAAAAUCCCGAAAUUCAAAUUCCCAGUCUUCACCGAGAUUCUAACCCAGGACCCCAGGCUCAGAAGCCGAGCGCGUAACCACUCAGCCACCGCCCCCCUCCCUCCCUCAACGAACAGUGGGUCAGUUCAAUGAAGAUCUACUUUCUUGUCGGUUGAUGUGUGUACUGUUAACUUGUGUAGGCAUACUGAGAGAAUUUAAACUUCGUUUGUAUCACAUAUAAUCACAUGUGUGUAUUUCUGAGCGUAUGUUAGUCUGUCACGUUUGAAAUGACAUUAUCUCGCAUUGUAUAUGACAUUGUAUUAUACACUUAGAGGAUUUGAAUGUUCACAUUCGCUGCAAGUAUAUUUUGUCUAUCGAUUGUGUUUGAUUCUGAUGCGUUGGUAUAUUAAUAGGCUACAGUGUACAUUGUCAUGUUUAGCUUUUAAUUAAAAAAGUAUAUAGAUAAAUAUUUAUUACUGUAGGCCUACAAUGGUUGAAAUAGUUUUUUGAUCUACUGGAUCUCUACAAUACAAUGUUAAAUAUUUAUUCCUAUGAAUUCUGAGUGGCCGGAUGAAAAUCUUAGCUCACGGACUGGAACAUUCCAUGAGUUGUUACUCUUGGUUUUUAAAUUAAUUAUUUUUUUUUUAAUUUAUUAUUUUUAUUAUUUUUUAUUAAUAUUAUUUUUUUUGGCUAUUUGUUGUUGCUGUUGCUAUUAUUUUAACUCUGAUUUUUUGCUUGUUCUUCGUACGUUGGACAAACAGGCAACACGCUAACGUAGGCAGUGUUGCGUGAACGAGGACUUCUUAACUUAACAACAAAUGUGAUCAUUACCAACAUGUUUGAUACCAUCUGACGCCAUUUGGUUACAUUUCAGCCAGUGCCAUUGCUUCAUAUAACUAACUGUGUUUUUAAAAGAAUGUAUGUGUUUUCUAUAUAUAGAUGAAAUGGUUUGACAGUAAUUCAGGUUAUCUCUCUCACGCUCUAUUCUCGGAUCAAGUUGAAACUUUUCACGAUUAUCCAUUGCCCUAACUACAAGAAUCAAUCAAAAAGUUAACCAGUUAAUUAAUUAAUUAGUGGUUAUUAUGUGUUUUGAUAUCGAAAAAAGGAAAUAAAUCAUAAAAGUAUUGAUAUAUAUAUAUAUAUAUAUAUAUAUAUAUAUAUAUAUAUAUAUAUAUAUAUAUAUGUGUGUGUGUGUGUGUGUGUGUGUGUAGGCCUAUUCUAUAUUUAGGUAUGCUAUAUUUAUAUAGGGCUGUAAAUGUGCAGUUCUUCCCCUUAGAUAAGCUUUGUUUUUAAAUGAAGUAUUUUUUUUUGUUUCAAAAUGUUUUUGCUUGUUUUUAAUGUUCAUGUUUUGUGUACAUGUCGUAUGUUUAAAGUGAAUGGGUGUAGGCACUUGAUGCCACGCGCCCCAGACAUGGCGCGCAUUUGAGAAGUGAUUCCGUACUUUUGAUACUCAUGGUAGGCCUAUAACUAUACUAAAUACAAUAAAGAUUCGAGAGGCUUAAACUACAGGACAUUACUUUUAUGUUACAUACUGGACACUAUUUUUAUUAUAUCAUAGAUACUGGACAAUACUUUUAUUAUAUUUUACUUACUGGACAUUUAUUUUACUAUAUUUUACAUGCUGGACAUUACUUUUAUUAUAUUAUAAACACUGGACAAUACGUUUAUUAUAUUUUAGAUACUGGACAGUAGCUUUAUUAUAUUUUUACUUACUGGACAGUAAUUAUAUUAUAUUAUAGAUACUGGACAGUAGUUUUAUUAUAUUUUAAAUACUGGACAUUUACUUUAUUAUAUUUUACAUGAUGGACAUUAAAAGUAAUUACUUUUAUAAUAUUGUACAUUAUUGUACAUAGUGGAGAUUUAGUUCAUUAUAUUUUAUAUGGUGAACAAAAAUGAAUUAUAUGUAUAUGUCUAUUGAUAAGAAAUGAUAGAAAGAUAAAUAUAUAUUAACACAAUGGAUAUAUUAAACUAUCAUGUUGAGGAGCAUU